GAAGAAACUUCAAUGUCAUAAAAAAAAUUAUUAACAAAAUGUCAUGGUGGAAGGGCAUCUUGAUCUUCUUGACGUUGAGUCUGUGUGUGUCAUCGGAAGAGAGCAUGCAAAUGCAGUACGGGUACUUGAAAGUUCCGGCAAGUGAGUUUGUGAGCUCCAUUGACACGAUUGUGGGAGUAAUAGGAGAAGUGACUUCGAUUUUGUCUGAGUUUGCGGAUUUCAGUGGAGAUAGUCGGCUGCAAGAUGCGGUUUCGGAUUGCAUGGAUCUGCUCGAUGUUUCUUCAGACGAACUGAGUUGGUCUGCUUAUGCUUCUCAGAAUCCAAAUGGUAAGGGCAACGGAACAGGGAACGUGGGAUCAGACACAAAGACAUGGUUAAGCGCUGCUCUCUCCAAUCAAGACACUUGCAUGGAAGGCUUCGACGGUACAUCUGGUCUCAUCAAACCUCUUGUCGCUGGCAGUCUCGGUCAAUUAUAUUCUAUGCUUAGUGACCUGUUACCACUUGUUCAGCCCGACGAGAAACCUCAGCCCAUUACCAAACCUCGUCCAAUUGGUAAAGGACCAACGGCUCCACCAGGCCGGACACUUAGGAACACUGACGACGAUGAGGAAAGCCAAUUCCCAGACUGGUUCAGACGGGACGACCGGAGACUCCUUGAGACAAACGGAGUGAGUUACGACGUUAUUGUAGCACAGGAUGGGACAGGCAACUUCACGACCAUAAUGGACGCCGUUGAAGAAGCUCCUGAUUACAGCUGGACACGUUUCGUCAUAUAUAUUAAAAAGGGUUUAUACUUGGAGAACGUUGAGAUUAAGAAGAAGAAAUGGAACCUCGUAAUGCUAGGCGAUGGCAUUGACGUGACAGUUAUUUCCGGUAACCGCAGCUACGUUGACGGCUCAACCACGUUCCGAUCCGCUACGUUCGCUGUAAACGGAAGAGGAUUCUUGGCUAGAGAUAUAACGUUCCAGAACACAGCGGGACCAGAGAAGCAUCAAGCCGUAGCCCUUAGGUCAGACUCUGACCUAUCUGUGUUCUACAGAUGUGCCAUGAGAGGUUAUCAAGACACACUCUACACGCACACUAUGCGUCAGUUUUACCGCGAGUGCACUAUAACUGGAACGGUGGAUUUUAUAUUUGGUGAUGGGACCGUUGUGUUUCAAAAUUGUCAAAUUUUGGUUAAGAAAGGACUCACUGACCAAAAGAACACCAUCACUGCACAAGGCAGGAAAGAAGCUGACCAACCCUCAGGAUUCUCGAUUCAGUUCAGCAAUAUCUCAGCGGACACAGACUUACUCCCAUACCUGAACACGACACACACAUAUCUAGGAAGGCCAUGGAAGCAAUACUCAAGGACAGUUUUCAUGAGGAACAACUUGAGCGAUGUUGUGAGGCCGGAAGGAUGGCUCGAGUGGAACACCACUUUUGCUUUGGACACACUCUUCUAUGGAGAGUUCUUGAACUACGGACCAGGUUCAGGACUCAGCAGCCGAGUCAAGUGGCCUGGUUACCACGUGUUUAACAACUCGGACCAGGCUAACAAUUUCACAGUUUCUCAGUUCAUUGAAGGAAACCUCUGGCUGCCUUCUACGGGAGUAACGUUUACUGCUGGCUUGGGCGUCUAAUUUAACAUGGCUCAGUGUUAUCUUUUUGCUAAUAUUUGCGUCUUUCAAUUUUAGCUUCUGAUAUGAAAUUUUUAAAAUUAUGAGUUGAGACUUUCAAGUUAUAAGUGAAAAGAAGUCCCUAAGAUGAUAUAUUAAAGAGUAUUUUGAUGUGCAAAA